CUUUGCUUUGCUUUGCUCUGUUCUGUUAUUCAGUCAAUUUCAGUCACAUUCUAGUUUUAAAAUAAUUUGCCAAAUGUGAAAUAAAGUCUAGUUAAAUAUAUAUCAUAAGAGAUAAUGAAAACAAAGUUUAACAAAUUAAACCCUAGUUUAUUUAAUCUAAUUAAAAACCAACGACCUUUUUGAUUAAUUAAACUUCUAUGUAUGUAUAAACAAACAGCUGUAGUGUUGUAAAUGUGUGCUUAAACCACUUGUUGCAUCCACUUUCAAAAAGUGUAGCUAUUUAUGUUACGUUCUGUGCUAUUCACCUGUUUAUGAGAAAGUAAUCUUCACUACUUAUCAAAUCAAACAUUUAGAUUCACGUUAUCAGUUUACCGUUAUGGUUGACGUUAAAAUUUUAUGUUAGAACGUGUGGAUUUCGUUAAUUAAUGCUUAUGUUCGUUACGAUGCACCUGCAAUGCACUCAAUGCAACUAGUCUCAUGGACUUAUUACUGUGUUAUCGUAAUUCUGACAUGAAUAACGCAAAUAAUAAAAAAGAGUCGGCAGUUUAUCGUUACAUGUUCGCUCAUUUUGAGCAGGUAAAUAAAUCUAACCCACCGAAGUAGUCAUCAGACCCAAAAAAUGACUCAUACGUGGUCACUGGCAAGAAGAUAUUGUUUUGUUUUUAUGAAAAUUCCGUACUGAUGACAGUGCAAGUGGUUUUUAUUAAAAAAAAAAUAGUACUGUGUAUUUGUGCGCGUGGAGAGGUGUUCUUCGUUUAAAUUUUUAAAAGUAUCACUGCGCGGCAAUCUUUGGGAUACCAAAGUUUUCUGUCUAAAAUGUGUGACUAAAAUGGCUCAAAAUUCAAUGGAUUCAGACAGAUUAUCUUCUGCUGGUAUUUCAACACAUAGCUCCGGCACUGCAGGCACUGUAGGAGGCUCUGUAAUAGGUGUAAGGGUGGGUGAUCCAAAUCAUAAGAGAGAAGAUGAAGAUGAGUACAAUUUAGGACCAUUGCCUCCAAUGUGGGAAAAGGCAUUUACACCAUCAGGGGAGACUUAUUUUAUUGAUCACAACACCGGCACGUCACACUGGCUUGAUCCACGAUUAGCAAGGGUACGGAAACACUCCCUAGGUGAAUGCGGAGAGGAUGAACUUCCAUACGGAUGGGAGCGCGUCACCGAUGAGAGAUAUGGGUCGUACUAUGUGGACCAUAUCAACAGAAGAACGCAGUACGAGAACCCUGUGCUGCAGGCUAGGAGAUUGAGGGCUGAAAAAUUAGCAGCGGAAAAUGGCGGCAACAGUCAAGCAAACGGCGCCACGCCGACGGGAGAGCUACGCGGAGAGCGAUUCACUCUCACCCUCACCAAGAGUACUCAGGGUCUCGGUUUCACGUUAAUUGGAGCAGAAGGUAUACCCGAGACGGAAGGCUAUCUUCAGAUCCGCAGUAUCGUUCCUCACAGUCCCGCCUGGAUAGAUGGCGCUCUCCGUCCCGGCGAUGUGGUGGUGGGGGUCGGUUCGCGUGCGGUGCGAGGCCUCACUCAAGCUCAGGUAGCGCAGAUGUUCCAGUCCAUCGCACCCGGCACCGAUGUCACGCUGCACCUCGUCCGGGGUUACCCUCUGUCGUUCGACUCUGAGGACCCAAACACCCGUGUGCUGAGCACCCGCGCCGUGGACGCCAACACGCCGCCCACGUCGGACGCUGUCGCCAUGCAGCAGCUGACCAGGGCACUUCGAACCAGAUUCAACCUGGACUCGCCCAACCACGUGGAAGCCAACCCCGGCGAAGACGAGCCGGACUGCGGACAAGUGGGUCAGAGUGGACAGGGCGGGCAGGCGCAGCGGCGGCUGAUGUCGCGCUCGUUCGACCUGGAUGAACUGGCCACCACCGACCCUGGAUGCUCCCCCAGGUGCUCCUCCGCUGACCACCUGCUGUCCAUAGCUAAUGAGCACGGCUCCCAUAACGGUGUGGCGGCGGCGGCGGCGGCGGCGGCGGCGGCGGGCUCGGCGGCGGACGGCGCGGCGCCGGCGCAGGGCGCGGGCCGCGAGCUGCGCGUGCGGCUGCGGCGCGGCGCCGCCGGCUUCGGCUUCACCAUCGCCGACAGCGUGCACGGACAGAAGGUCAAGAAGGUAUUAGAUCGCAGUCGCUGUGCGGGAUUGCGAGAAGGAGAUCUUCUAUUACAGAUCGGUGACACUGAUGUCAGGCACUCACCGCACCAGCAUGUAGUACAGGUGCUGAAGGAGUGUCCGUCGCUGCAGGAGACCACGCUGCGCGUGUGGCGCCGCGCCGCGCGCCCGUUCCGCGCGCGGAUAGAUACCGAUUACAAUACGCCAGCAAAUAAUAACAGCCAAUUGGGUAGAAGCAAGACGCCAACCGCCGAGCAACUGAGGUCGCCGGGACUACAACAGGACAACAUGCGCGAUAUAAUGAACGGCAUGAACUCGGUAGAAGCAACAUAUGCAGUUCCGGAACACAAAGGUCGUGAACGAGAGAGCCUUAUAGACCGGCGGCGACGCAGCAGCACCCCCGGGGGCCGAUUGACCCUCCCCGUAGUCACCCCGUGGACUGAAUCCCAAAACGACAACCAGUGGUGCCAACCCGAGCGAGAGACAUGGGUCGACAACUCGAACAACAUACGAACAUGGGCCGAGAGCGCGCAGACUUGGGACGAGAACGGACAGAAGUGGGAUGAGGUGACGAACGGGGUGGGGUGGGACGGGAACCCGGAGAGGUGGAACGGGAACUGGGGAGAAGUGCCCACGCCGACCGUGCACGUCGAUCUGAACGCAGCCUACUGUAGGAGUAACGCGAGUGUUGCUGACAGCAGUGAUAAUGGUGGAUUCCCUGAAGAAGGCCUGCAGUUACCCACGACGGCGGCGUUGGGCGGCAGCUCGCCCUCCACCCGCCGUCACCAGCCCGCCGAUGCACACAAUUCAUCAGGUCACUUGAGGAGUCACUCCCCAUCAAACAACAGCGCGACCACCGACCAGUUGCUAGCUAAUUCGCCGUCCGCCCGGCUCCACAGCCAAUCUCCCUCGAACAACUCGUCCAACGGCAGGGUCAAGGGAUCACCACUAAGGUUGCGAUCAGCGUCCCCGUCGCGGCGGAUGCACUCGCCGGCUUGCUACGAGGCGGAAUCGCUGCCGCAUCCCGCGCCGCUAUACGUCGCCAACUACCCGCAGGUGGUGGGCGGCGGCGCGGACCCGCAGGCGGACGUGGUGGUGCGGCUGGCGCGCGGCGCCGCCGGCUUCGGGUUCCGCAUCGUCGGCGGCACCGAGGACGGCUCGCGGGUCGCCGUCGGCUACGUGGUGCCGGGAGGUCCAGCAGCAGGAUUAUUACGAGCGGGUGAUUUGCUGACGUCAGUGGACGGACGGCCGCUAGGAGGCGCUUCACACGCUCGCGCGGUUGCACUCGUCGCCCGCGCCGCCGCUCGUGGACACGUAACACUAGGCGUGAGACACAACCGCGCCGACAUACAACCUAUGGGCCUGCCCACUGUGAUGGCGCCACAGUCGCAUCAACCUCUGCUUACGGCGGACCCAACGAUGCAUCAGAUGACGCAAACUGCAUACAAUAUACUGCACCCUGCACCGAUGUACCCACCAUCACAUGGACCUAUGUACGGAGUGCAGUAUGAGAGCGCGGCCGGCGGAUGGGCGGGCGUGCCGUAUGACGUCACAGUCACCAGGAGCGAGGGCGAGGGCUUCGGGUUCGUGGUCAUCUCGUCCACCAACAAGGCGACCAGCACUAUCGGCCAACUAAUCCCCAACUCGCCUGCCUCUCGGUGUGGGCUCCUACACGUCGGAGACACGAUCGUGGCCAUCAACCGGAUACCGAUCCGUAACCUGCCGCACCCUGAAGUCGUAGCGCUCAUCAAACACUCGGGGACAACAGUCACCCUGACCGUCCUACCGCCAGACGGUCGCGUCGACUGAAUACGAGUGAUGAGUGAAAAUAAUAGUGAUGAAGUGAUGUGAAUUUUUAAGCUAUUAGUCUGUGCUGUAAGUGGUAAGCUGUAAAUCUGUGCUAUAAAAAGUGAGCUAUCAAUUUGUGCUGUAUGAGCGAGCUGUAAGUGCUGGAGCUUCAAUAUCAAGUGAGGUGUCAUCAAGCUAUCAUCAUGCUGACUGAAUACUGAUGUCGUCAAUGGAACAACUACAAUUAAAUGGGUGAUCAUGUGAAGAUAAUUAAGCUGUAUAUUAAUUGCUCUAGCUUGAAUUUUAAUUGGUGAGUCAUUGUUGUGGCACAGUUUAAAAAACAACCAGUAGUCCAAUCUUUAUAAUGAACUCGAAAUGUCCUAAACAAUUGCAUGACAAUUUGAUGUACAUUGCUCUGUCUAGAUGUGUCCGUUGGAUAAUUUGUAGGAAAGAUUUCUUUAGACUGUGUAUUAUGGUUUAUCUUUCUUAUUAGGAUGUUUCCCGAUCAAUGAGAAGAGAAAACAGUUUGGGAUACCAUUUGAAAAUUUCAUAUUUGCAUUUCAUAUAUUUAAUUGUUACGUCGAUUUUUUGAUGUACUGUCAACAAAGGGGCCAAGUAUAAGUAUAUAUAUAUUUUGUAUACAUGUCUGCUUGUUUGCUCUUUGUAAAGAGCUUUAAUUAAUUAAAUAUUUCCAAAAACUUUUGGAGAAAUGUGUGUUCAGAUAUUUAAAACCAAGAUAUUUUAUUAUCUGUCUAUAUUAUAUUUAUACACUAUUAUUAAAUCUCAAUUAAAGAAAUGAUAUCUCAUUGAAAUAAAAUAUAAAUAUUUGACUAUGAAAACAUAUGACUGAAUGUAUUAGUAUUUAAUUUUUUAUACAUUUUUUUUUAUUGUAAUCUUUUACAUUUUUAUACUUUUCUUGAAGAGAGCACAUUAUGAACUUUGAUUUCCUUUUAUUUUCAAUUCUUUGUAACAUUUUUCUUAAUUUUUUUUUAAUCUCAGUAUAUUUAAUUAGCAGUAACAAUAUAUUUAAUUAAUUUUUCUCAUUGUUCUUGAUUUGUAUUAAGUUUUUAAUAAUUGAUCUUUAAUGCUUAAUUAUAAAGUAUUUGAUAAUUAGUGAUGGUAAAAGAAAUAUAGCUUUAAUAUUAAAUAUUUUAACGUGUAAGGUUGUGGUUAUGUUUGCCAAAUUUAAACAGCUAUUCUCCGUCCAUUGUCUAAUUGUGUCUUGACUACCUUCAAUAUGUACUUAAAACUAAUUGUAAGGUUUUCAUACAAGUCUGUACAUUUUCUUUUCACUAUCAAAUCAACAUUUUUGGUGAUGAAUUAGAGAAAGAUCUGGAGUAACAUAUUAAAAUAGGUGGUAAGUGUUUUUCAUUACAAAUAUGAAUUAGAAUAGAUGACGUAACUACAAACUUAUGGACUUUAUGAGAAAAAAAAAUCUAAGAAUAAGGUAAUAAAAUAAAAACAUGGUUUUAUCAAAAAAUAUUAUUUUUCCUGUAAUAGAAAAAUUAGAAUAAAUGAUAUAAUAGAAAAAAUGUCCCAAUUUUAGCAUAAAAAUCUUGUUUUUAUAUAAAAGAGGGAUUAUAAACUAUAGACAAACUCUAAAAUAGGUUCAAUAAAAUAAUGUUGAUUUAAAUUCAAUUUCAAAUCAAAAUACCUAUAUAUAAAAAAUUUGGCUAGAAAAAAUUUAGAGAAUUGACAAAACCAUAUGUAUAUUUUUUUAAAAAAUCUGAGAAUAGAUUUACUAUCCAUGAAUAGCUUUUAAAGCAUAGAGACCAGUAAGUUAGUAGUGACAUCUAUGUAGAGUUUUUAUAAUGAACUAAGGUACUUCUGACACCUAUCUAUGUUUGUUUGAAACACUUACAAAUAUAGGGUUUUAAAACGAUUCUAAUCUAAAUCUUUAAUAAAACCAAUAUUGCCUAAUAUCUGUUGACAACACUAUAGUUAAAUAACAAUAAUAAUAAAAAAUCAAGUUGAUUUUUUUUAUAAAAUGAAGUAAUUUUAAAUGUUCAAUAUUUUUGUGCAAAAGUGUAAAGUUUAUUAUAAGGAAAAGGCGUCAUUUUAGAAUCCUAUAUAUGCCUUAUUAAUGUACCUCUAAAUCAUGCAAUAACAUGCCACAAAAGGUAUUAAAAAGUAUACAUAAUCGUUAUUAUGUAAUACAUAAGUAAAUAAAUAUUUAUGAUAAAUAGCAUAAUAAUAUCAAACCAUAUUUAGCUUUAGUUAGUUAAUGAUAAAAACAUUGCCUUAAAAUAUUUUAAGAUUAGGACCUGUGUAUUUGAUGAUUUUUAAUGUUUGACUAAAUCAAAAAUAUAUUAAAUUGUAUUUCUUAUUGGCUUCAUUCUAAUACAAAAGGUUUUCUACGAUGAACUACCGAAAUUUGCUGGUUAUUUAAUUGGGUGCCGAAUGGUUAACACUAAGCUCUGAGCGGCUCUCUAAUAAUUUGCCUAAAAAUGCCUCGUUUAUAGGUGAAACACGUGUCACAAAACGUACGUGAUCAAAAUGGCAGUCGGAAACUGAUGGCUAAUGUGGAACUUCAGGUAGUAAUAGUGGUGGACAAUCUUCGAGUGUUGGCAGUCGCACACAUACUGAUGGUAGCGGAAUUAAACAAAAUAAUUUUAAACAAAUAAACAGUUUCCUCAAGAUAACACGUAAUUCAUUAAAACGUUUACCGAAAUUUGCACAAAAAAAUUGUAUUGUUUGAAAGAAAACAAACUUGAAGGGAACUCCAGUUAUUUGAUCGAAAUAUCUAUCGUCUUCAAUUACGGAAUCGGUCCCUUCUAACAGUUGGUAUUAUUUUCUUUUUAUUAAUAGUUAAAUAAAACAUAAAAAAAUAAAAAAACAUAGCCGCUAAUUACCGUUAAGACAUAGACGCAAAAAUUUGUCAAUGUAACUUAACUAUUUUGAAAUUGAAAUGUUCAGCCUACCACCAUUAUGUUUUUUUUAAUGGGUGAUAAUAGAGUGGUAACCUCUCCCGCGCUAUUAGUAUACGCUGGCGGGGCACCAAUGAGAGAUCAUAGGACACAAUGACAACAGAUCAGUUAGCUCAUCAUGACGAAUUCCACUAGAAACAACCACGAUGCUUUCUAGGGGGAACCGCGUAGUGGUCGACCUGACAGGGCGUAGUGCUAGUAACGGGUCAGUUAGACCCCAUUACUAUCUCUCUCUCCCCAUCAUUAUGAUAUUAGCUAUUAUUCUUUACCUAUGUUUAACACUAUGUAGUUGGGGGGAAAGGGAUUGUUAGUAAUGGGCUCUGAUUUCCCUAUAACUAGCAAUACACCCUAUCAGGUCGACCUCCACGCGGUUCCUCCUGGAAACUAUCGUGAUUAAUUCUAGUGGAAUUCGUCACGAUUGGCUAACUUGACUUGCUUUUUCAUAGUCACCUAUCAUCCGUCACUGGUGCCUCGCUAGUGUAUACCGAUAGCGCAGGCGGGGUUACCAUUCCAUUAUCACACAUUAAAAAAAAAUGUAAACACUAUGUAGUUAAAUGUUGCAAAAUGCACAGGUCCUUAUUAUAGAUAAAUCAAAAUAUUGUUUUAUUCUGCAGUCGACAAAAUUAAUUUAUCCAUUUGAAAAGACUGGAGAAUUAUAAGUAUGUAUUAGUAAAUCGUUUACUUGUAAGUUUUAUGAUAUAAUUGUAAUAAAAUAGAUACCUACCAAAAUUACGCGAACGAAAUUCGACAUUUUAAUGUAAUAACUACCGGUUUAAUUUACGUGUAAUUAGGUUGGGAAAUCUCAACUAGUUUCGAUAUCAUUCCGGACCCUUAAUCGUGAAUGACACUGACGCGAACGCGAGCCUGACUGCGCAUCUCGACCUAAUUACAUUAAAAUGUGUAUUUACAAAACUUUUAACAAUGAAAUUCGACAUGUUACUCUAAACGCAUUGAAAUCGAUUCUGCGACCCAAUUUUGUUUAAGCCUAUCGCGAAAAUUAAAAUUUUAAUUUUAUAUCGCAGUGAAAUCUUUUUUUUUUAAUUUUUUUUUUAUCAAAUUAUUGUUGAGGCUUUAGUACACCGGAAUGACUAUGCCAGCCUCAUAGGGAUUGUCUGAAAGUCAGUCUGUCAGUCCGUCAGGGACAAAACUUUAUUUUAAAGACCAAUAUCAAGUAAAUUUCUAAUAAAGUCAAAAUUAUUGUACAUUUAAUUUAUAAAUGGUACAUAAAACUGUAAUUUCGCGCAUCUGUCAAGGAAAAUGGCGAUUCAGAAUCGAGUCCAAUGCGUAUGUACAUAGCAAUAAUGAGGUCAAUUUUAAUUCGCUAUUUCUCAAAAUCGAUUUAUUCACACCAAAGUAAAAUAUAUUUUUGGCGCCAAUUUUUUUUUUAUAAAGUUUCACGCUUAACCUCUGUUAACUAUCUGUUCGGACGCGUAAUUUCGGCUCUCACAUCGCUACAUCACGAGCGACCCUUGAAUAAAAUAAUUUAUUACUAAUUCUGACUGAAUCAAUUGGUAAUCUUGAUAUUUUAUACAUCGUUCAGUUUUCAAACUUUGUACGUGGGACCACCGAGCUUAAUUCUUUAGUACAUAAGUAUUACCUUUAUUAUUAUUACUUCUAGAAUAUUCUAGUGUAACAAAAUGCAAUAAUAACGUGCCUUUUACUGUAAUCAUUGUCUUGCCUAUUCAAGAUGUUGUAUAAAUCUCUUAUAAAUAUAUGACAGUAUAUAAAAAUUAUGCCCAAAGAUGAAAAUCUAAUAUUUCGCAAUUGUGCGUUAUUUGGGUGUAUAUUAUUUUUUGAAUUUGUAUAAAUAAUUAUGAACGCAUGUGAGUUCAUAAGGAAUAAUUGACUAAGGUUGUAAUUCAAUAAAUCCUGUUUUUAUUUAUUGUUCUCUUUUUUUUUAUACAACUUAGAAUGGCAA